AUGACAUUAAAUAUACGUGUAAUUGCUCCAGAUAAAACUGUGUGGGAUGCAAAUGCAGAAGAAGUUAUUUUACCCAGCAGUACUGGACAACUAGGCAUUUUGAAAGGCCAUAUACCAUUAUUAACAGCUCUAGAUAUAGGUGUUAUGCGUGUACGUAUUGAUAGAGAGUGGCAACCAAUUAUUCUUUUAGGAGGAUUUGCAGAAAUAGAAGAUGAUAAUAUCACAAUACUAGUUAAUGGUGCAGAAAAAGCUGAUAGUAUAGAUAUUAAUAAUGCUCAAAAUAACUUAGAAGAAGCAACUAUUGCUUUAUCAGAAGCAAAAAGUAAUAAAGAUAAGAUAGAAGCAACGCAAAACUUGAGAAAAGCACGUGCUAGAAUACAAGCUAUAAAUGUAUUAAAUAAUUAA